AUGACGACGACCACGGAUUUCGGUCCUCUCACGACCGUCUUCUCUGCCCCGACUGGCUGUGCCACGGAGCAAUGGGUCGAGCGGGAUUCGAGCUCGACUUUGCUCCGGUGGGGAGCCGGCUGCAAUGGUAAACAUGUCGGCUGGGACGCCAAUUGCUUUCCGUCGGGAUGGACGCCGGGAAAUUCCACGAAAAUCAUCAACAAAGCCUUCAAUCCGGGAUAUGCGUGUCCUUCGGGAUAUGUCACGCAUGCAAAUGCCUCUGGCACCGUGGCCGCGAAACAAUAUCCGGACUACAUUGGAAGUAUAGGCACGGAUUCUCUUGCGAUCCUUUGCUGUCCCACUGGCUAUGGCUGGGACGGCCAGUAUUGCAGUGGUAGCCAUUUCGAUCUCCCAACACGCAGCUAUCUUACCCUCGACAGUAGCAAAUGCGUUACGACAUCGGCCCCGGCGUACAACGGCAACAACGGCCUCAACGGAAGUAAAGGUGGUGCAGAAUUCGAAGGCACGCCCGUCUUCCUCAUCCAAAAGGUCGACGCCACAUAUGACAUUCCAACGUCAACGUCAACACCAUCCCCAGGCGCGUCGAGCGAGGGUCUCUCGACGGGCGCAAAAAUUGCGAUUGGUGUCUGCGUUCCCCUUUGCGUCAUCAUCAUAGCUGUGAUAGCGUUCAUCUGGUGGCAUCGACGGAGAAAGGCACACAGAGCCGAAGCAGCCUCUGCGUCGGGUCAAAGGACGGACCAGAAUAUGGAUCCUUAUUCUGGGAAGCCGGAGCUCGAUGCAGGUGCAGCGGUUAAACCCGAUCUGAAACCGGAGCUUGAUGCGGAUAGCGAAGUUCGACCUGGGAGACCCGAUGCACCGGCUGAGCUGCCCGCGCUGGAGACACCAAAGACGCCCGUGGCAGAACUGGCUGCUGCGCAUCAAAGUCCGGAUACACCUCAGGCUGAGUUACCUGGUGAAGGGACGUUAGAGGUAAAAGGUCCUACGAAAGGGAAUCCAGGUGAAACGAGUCCCACGGGCGAAGCAGAGCAAAUCUCAAGUUCUUCUGACCGAGAAGCGAACAAAUGA